AUGUCUAGGGAGCCAUACGGGCCCGUGAACCAUAGCCGUGCAACUAGCAGGUCGCCGGGCCGCGGUGUGACAUCUCGUCGUCUGGCAGGUGCGGAGUUGCCCACGGUGGACCGGUCGCCGUCGCGCGGAUACCCGGGGGGCCGCGGCAGCCCCCUGGGCCGAAAGACGCUGCGUCAGACGCGCUCCGGCAACAGCUCACCGGAACACGCCGGAUACGGAGUCUAUCACCAUGGCGCUGGGUCGCCCUACUACGAUCCGGGAAGUCCGGGUAUGUUGGACGAACGCGGACGAGGUCUCGUCGGAUCGCAUCACCGAUCUCGUAGCGCCAGCAGACCAGUGCUAGCUCAUCCGAUGACGGUACGUUACCAAUCGCUGGACCGCGGCGGCGGUCUCAUGUCGGACCACGAAAGGGAAUUUUUGCCCAUUCGCGAGCCCCGAGACCGCUCGCUGGAGCGAUCCACCGCAAGAGAUCGUUCGUUGGAGCGCGGACUCUAUUUAGAAGAGGAACUAUACGGGGCAAAUUCGCGGUCCGCUCGGCAGUCGCCUAAUCAUGGCUUGCUAUCAGGUGGACGCGAAAGUGGCGUUUUCCUUGGUGAAUUACAACAUCAGAAUAGUGAUUUACAACGUGAACUCGGUAACCUUAAAAAAGAACUCGAACUUACUAAUCAAAAACUUGGAUCUAGUAUGCACAGCAUUAAGACUUUUUGGUCACCUGAACUUAAAAAGAACGUGCUUUACGUAAAGAGGAAUCGGCCAAAUACAGCCUUAUUAAUGAUCAACUAA